AUGCAGGAAACGACAGAGAAGCUCAGCCUGAAGCGGGAGGUAGGGUUGAUGGAGGCCGUUUCCCUCAUUGGUGGAACAAUGAUUGGAGCUGGGAUCUUCAUGACCCCACAGACUGUGCUGUCCACCAUUGGCAGCCCUGGAGCAAGCUUGGUGAUCUGGGCAGCCUGUGGUUUAUUGGUGAUAAUGGCGUCUUUCUGCUACGCUGAGUUGGGUACCGUAAUCAAAGAAUCCGGAGGGGAGUACAUCUACAUCCUCAGAACCUCUGGUCCAGUCGUCGCCUUCAUGUUAAUCUUCAGCUCUGUGUUAUUUGUGAGACCUGCUGGUGUUGCUGGUUUGGCACUGGGUGUUGCUCAGUAUGUCGUCGCCCCGUUCUACCCAGACUGCCCUCCUCCAGUGCUGAUGGUGAAGUGUGUGGCUGCAGUUUCAAUUUUAAUAUUAGCCAUCGUGAACUGCAUCAAUGUUCGCCUGUCCAUGUCUGUCCAAGUGUUUUUCAUGGUGGCCAAGGUCCUGGCCUUGGCUGUGAUCAUCAUAGGAGGUGUGGUGAUGCUUAUCAAAGGACACACUGCAAGCUUUGAAGACUCCUUUGAAAACACAAAUGUGGGCAUCAAUCCAAUCGGGAUUGCUCUCUACCAGGGGCUCUGGUCCUAUGAUGGCUGGAACAACCUCAAUUAUGUUACAGAGGAGUUGAAACGUCCAGAGGUAGGUCAGAGGUCACACAGGGUUUCAGUGUCAUUGCACCAAAGAAGUUAUUAAGUAACCCAACAGGUGGGCCAGAGUGGAUGACACUAAAACAAUAAAGUGGCUGAGCUAAACCAUCUUAAACAUGACUGAACUCUAAAACUUUUGUAAAUUCUAUGGUGAGUUUUGAAGGUUCAGUCACAGGGUGUCACGUUUCAGUUUUGUUGUCACGAUAACCUCUUGGUGUCAGACCAAGAGGUUAUCUUCUCACUGCUGAUUUAAGCUUUUUUAUGUCCUACAGCAAAGGUUCUUUAUGAGAGAUGCAUCUGAUUAUUAAAAGACAGAGGAUAAGAACUUUGUCAGGAGGCACAUAUUAAUCAUGUACAGGAAAAUGUAAAAACUGCUUUGUCCACUUGGGGGCACCAAAAUCAAUACAUACACACUUGUUCAUUCCUAAUUUCUACUGUUGGCCCUUCCUGUACUGUCACAAACUAAUCAUCCAAUGCAGAUUCAUUGUACUCAGUUCUGUUAGUGUUGAAGCAGUCGUUACAGUGUGAGCAAGGUCCUAAAUUAGAUGGGGGUUUGCAAGCUUUCUGUCCCCUUCUUUGCACCAUAGUCAAGCUGCUGCUGUGCCUUCCUGCUUCCUGCUGCUGUUAUGAUGGAAAAUGACCACAUUAAUGCACUUUGAAUUGAACAUUUCAUGGCCAAAAACUCCUUGAUGGUUCAGUUUACAAGUUAAAAUAAGUCUGCACCAACAGAGUAAUGUCAGGAGGCGUUGGUGGUAGGUGUUUGCUUUUUAAUGAGCUUUUAUUGAAAUGUGCCGCACAUUUUAUACAUGAAGUCCUUUAUAUUUCUUCGAGUGAAACUGUUUUAUCAUCAGAAGAAAAAUAAAUAGAAACUUUACCUGGUAGAGUAAGUACUGUGAAGCUGCUCCAGCCUCUAAAUCCUGGUUUUGGACCGCUCUGGUAGAUCAGUGCAGCCUCUAUGAAAUCUACUGAAUAUCAAAUCUGAAAGUCAAGACCUUGAGGUAUAUUUCACAGCAUGCAUUUGAUUCCCAAAGAAGGGAAAUUUCAGAAUAAUUACUUCUCAAUGUUAACAUGGACAGAAAAACUCUUCUGAAACAGAAAUGAAAGUUGCAAUAUGCAGCUGACUGUGAUUAACCACUUAGAUUUUGGGAUCAAUGAAGACUUUAAAAAAAUGAUUUUUCAACAGCACUGAUUUAAUUAAGGAUUAUUAUUAAAACACUUAAGCUUUCAGAUUUCUCUAAGUAUCUAAAUUUCAGGCUGCAUCUGAAAACACUGCAUUGGAUGAACAAUUUUUGAGGCUGACUUGAUCACUUUCUCUUUGAAACAAGGAGGGCAAUAUUUUGAGGGUAUUGUUUAAAAUAGAGGAGUUAGGGUUGAGUGGUCUGGCCAAGAAGGAGGAUCAGGAUUUCACCACCGUUGGUAAAAUCACACAUUUUGGCCAAACACGGGCGUCACAAAGGUGUCAUCAAAGCAACCGUGAUAAGCAUGCCUCAUAGUAACUCAUUGGCUAGAUUACACUGUCCUAGUUUGAUUCUGAGAGCCACUUUAAAGAUCUCUUAUUUUGAUGACCUGCUGCUUGGAUUACUGGUGUCAUGCCAAAGAAUACUGUGCGCUUUGACACACUGUACCUGUUAAUAAAUGACAAAUAUAAUCACUACCCUUCAAGACAUGAGAAACUAUAUAAACCAAAAUAUAUAAAUAAAAAAAGGAGUGUCUCCAAAGUCAGGGGUGUGAACGCUUAACUGCAGACUGCCAAGCAUGUAAAAGUAUUGUUGUUAUACUCAUGACAUGACAUUACAUCCUAUAAUUGGGUUUACCUUUUCCAACCAGAUCUGUCAACAGGUCAGUAUUCUGAUCUUAAUCUCAAGAAAUUAUUAGUUUUACCCUUGGUCAGUGAGAACAAGUCUUUUUUUGAUUGCUGAAACAAUAUUUUUCUUGUUGCUGUUGAACAAAAAUAAAUUAAUCCAAGUGGCAGCAGAUUUCUUAGCAGGAACUUCUGAAGGCUCAGUCCCUUACAAGCAAGGAUGGGGCCAGGUUCACCACUUUGUGAACAACUGCAUCAGCCAAUAGUUCAACAGUUCCCACCAGAAAGAUGAUUUUUAUAUUCAGGAGAUUAUACAUCAGUUAAAGUAUUUAUGAACUAAAGUCUGUCCCUCUAAAUGCUACAUCUAUGAUGUCACCACUUUGUUUGUAAAGCAGUGUUUUGAAGCCUAUUGCUAUCAGUUGACAUGUUAGUGAUGCUGUCUCAACCGAACUUUUGGUGAACCCACUAGAGGCAGACCAUUAUCGUACUUGCAAAUGUCUACAGUGUGCCCACCUGUCAGUCAAGUCAGGCUCUGAUUCGUUAUAUACAGUAUAUUCGUUUUAUAAGAUAUAUAUCUUUGAAAUGAAUUCUCUCCCCGUAAGGUGGGUUUUCUGCAGUCUUUGGCACUUUCACAUCAGUUUCAUUUCUUGAAAAAAUUUGGGGCUGAAAAAUACAUUUCUGUUAAUUGAUGAUCCCCAAAUCCACGAAGGACUCACAUUGAUUUAUCAGUUUGGGUAGGCUGGAUUUGAUGUCAAAGGUCUGUGUGAGUCAGCCACUCAGACAGAAGAGAACUACUGACUGACCUACUGACCCUACAACUACAAGCACUAUCUCUUUGGGGUUUUUUUGUGAUUAUGAAAUCAGAUGAUACAAGAAAGAGCUAUAUAGUCACUCAGAAAGUGCCCAUUGUGGACCAAAAGUACAUGUAAAUUUUAGUUCCUGGGACAUUUUUCAAGGAACUCAAUAGUUCCUGUGGCCUUUUUUUGUCUGCUUUUCAACCAAAGCCUGAAUACCCGGGUAGAGAAAAUGCUGUCUCAUCAAACUGUGAACAAAAAAACAGAAAGUAAAAUUAAGUAAAGUUGAGUAAAGUUAAAGUACAGUUAAAAUAAUCUGAGAACCGGACCAAUCAGAAAUGUUCAACUUUCAGGCCCUGCCCCCCAAAGUUUCUGGGCCAUUGAAAAAUAAUUCUCUUUUGGAGGGAAACAUAAUUGCUAGCCAUGCUCCACCUUGUUUUAUGGGCAGUUGACAAGCCAUCUACCCCUCCUAUUGAGGACAUGGUUCCAACAUUACUCAACAGUUAGUUGUUAAUAUAUAGCCAGUCGCGUGUAUAUCUUGUGUCUUUUGUAUAUUCCCCAGACGAAGCAUAUGCUCUGGAGCAAUGGAGGGUGAAGAACAGAGAUUCAACUUAAAGAGAGAAGUGGGGAUUGUGGGAGCAGUCUCAUUCAUUGCUGGUACCAUGAUAGGAUCUGGGAUCUUCAUAUCACCCCAGUAUGUGCUGCUAACUAUUGGCAGCCCUGGGGCCAGCCUUAUUAUAUGGUUCGGCUGUGGAGUGGUUGCCAUGCUUGGGGGACUUUGCUAUGCCGAACUGGGAACAGUAAUACCAGAGUCUGGAGCGGAGUUUAUCUAUAUCCUCAAGACAGCAGGGAGAGUAAUGGCCUUCUCAUUUGUCUGGAGCUUUGUUAUUGUCAUGAGACCGGCCAGUGGCACAGCCAUUGCUCUGAGCUUUGCGGAAUAUGUUGUGGCACCCUUUUAUGGUGGCUGCACUCCUCCGGUGCUGGUUGUGAAAUGUGUGGCUGCAGUAAGCAUCCUGGUUCUAGCCAUCGUGAACUGUCUCAGUGUGCGCUCAGCCACCGCCAUCCAGGUGCUUUCCAUGGUUGUCAAAGUGCUGACAAUGGCAGUGAUCAUAGUCGGAGGGAUUGUGAUGCUUUCUCGGGGUCAUACUGAGAGUUUUGAGGACUCCUUUAAGGGAACAAAUGUUGGCAUCAGAUCAAUUGGAAUUGCUUUUUAUCAGGGCUUGUGGUCUUAUGAUGGCUGGAACACUUUAAAUUAUUUGACUGAAGAGCUGAAACAUCCAGAAGUAAGAAUUUCCCUCAUUACUUUUACAUGAUUGAUCACAAUAUGCAUGCUGCUCAAUUUAACAAUAAAUUAUACAUAAGAGCUACAAGACUCAUUACUGACAUGAUGCAGUGAUUAACAAACUAAAUACACAAAACAAAGUUCAAUAAAAAUUUGAAAUCUAAUCUACAACCCAUAAGACCUGAGAUGAUGUGCAACAUGUUGAUAGACACAAAAUGUAAUAGUGUGCAAAUCAUGUAGUCUGUAUUCAUUAGAAAUCAAACAAUUUUAUUUUCAUGAAAAAUGAAAACCCCAUUUCUUAAGUAUUUCUGAAGUUGGAACAUUAUGUAAAACAUGAAUAAAAACAGAGAACAAUAACUUAUAAAUCCUUUUUGACAUGCACACACACAAAACACAUAACUGGGACAGAGUCAUGUAUACUGCUGUGUUACAUCACCUUUCCUUUAACAACACUCAAUAAGCCUUUGUGAACUGGGGACACUAACUAUUGAAGCUUUGGAGGUGAACUUUUUUCCACUCCUGCUUGAUGCACAACUUUAGUUGCACAGCUGUCUGGGUCUCUGUUGUGGUAUUUUGUGCCUUAUAAUGCUCCUCAAUAUUAAGGACCUGUCUCCUCAGUCGGAGAUAGGUCUGGACUGCUGGGAGGCCAGUCUAGUACCUGCCUUCUUUCAACAUGUCUUGCUGAAAUAAGCAGGGAUGUCCCUGAAAAACUUGCCCCUAAUCCAAAAAACAAUCUGAAACAUGAGAAGAGAAGCUGGCAGCGUUUCUGGGUUCUUAGUUUCAGAGUUUGAACUUGCACUUGUAGAUGUAGAGACAAACUGUAUUUACUGACAAUGGUCAGACCCAAUUCCCUUUCUACAUUAUGAGGUCAAACUGUCUGGCAGAGGGUUUAGAGUGCACAGGACCAGACAAACAUGUUACAGACAAUCCUUCCGGUCAAUGUCCAUCAGUAUGUGCCACACAGAGUUAACUACACCCAUGCCAUGGGAGUGUAUGCAUCCACCGUACCAUCAGUAUGCCAACAGACCUCUGAAAUGUGUAAUGACAACAACCAUGUGGUCUCUCUCCCUUUUUACAGCAGAGGAUGCAGCAUCUGUGAAUUCCAAAAAAUGAAUUUUAUUAAAGAAUAAUUUAAUAAUUUAAUAAUUUAUUGAAAAAUAAAGAUUUUAAUUCUUAAAGGACUGGGGUUGUGAAACAUUGGGAGCAUUUAGUCAAUUAAUUGCAUCCUUUUAAUUUAACAUAGUCAAAACACCUAAAAGUUUGUAUUUUUUUAUUUCUAUGUAUUAACAAUUUAAAGACUGUGGUUCAUAAUCAAGAUAUGUUUAUUUGUAAUUUAUCUUUACAUGAAUUUUCCAUCGAAAAGAAUUGAUAAGUCCUCAUGGUCAUUGUGAGUAAAGGCUCCUAUAGAGCCUUUACUCACAACAGAUUACAGAUUACUCCUAAAAAUGAGUUAAUAUUCAACUCAAGAAGUUUUAUAGAGCUGUUUUUAAUGGGUCAUAGCCAGUUACUGUUUGAUUUUUUUAUCUCAUGCCAGAUCACAGUAGAUAGAUUUGUGUCUUCUUUAUCUCUAUCCUGUGGGAGUGAAAAACAGUCCCAUUAUCUUUACCUUAUGCGCUCUGAUCGACAUGGCCAUGGCUGACAAAGAACCUGAAGCCCUGAAAAUGAAGCGGGAAAUUGGGUUGCUUGGAGGUGUAGCUCUUGUUUCAGGAACUAUGAUUGGAUCCGGUAUAUUCAUGUCCCCACAGUUCGUUCUGGCCUACAUUGGAAGCCCUGGUGCAAGUCUGGUGAUCUGGGCUCUUACUGGAGUUGUAGCUAUGUUAGCAGCACUGUGCUACACCGAGCUUGGGACAAUCAUUCCUGAAUCUGGUGGGGACUUCAUCUACAUACUGAGGAUUUAUGGUUCAUGUCCUGCUUUCUUUGCUGCAAUCACCUUCAUUCUUGUUGUUAGGCCAAUGGGCAUUGCAGCUAUGGCAAUCAGCAUUGCAGAGUAUUUGUCAGCACCCUUUUACUCAGGCUGUCUUCCUCCUCAGGUUGUAGUCAAGUCUGCUGCAGCUGUGGCUAUUCUGGUUGUUGCUGUGGUCAAUGUCUUAAAUGUCCGUAUUGCCAUCAAAAUCCAAGUGGUAUUCUUGUUAGCCAAGGUUCUUGCAUUGAUAGUCAUUGUAAUUGGAGGGGUAGUGGAGAUCAUAAAGAGCAGCAGUGUGCUUGUAGAAAAUUUAAAAGUGGAAAAUGCAUUCAAAGGCACUCAGUACUCUUUGAGCACCUUGGGUAUGGCUUUUUAUCAAGGACUCUGGUCUUACGCUGGCUGGUACAACCUCAACUAUGUCACUGAGGAGCUAAAAAGACCAGAGGUAAGACAAAGGAUUUGGAUUGCCAAGAAAUAGGGCUUUCUUUGUGUUGGUCAGCCUAUCUUUUAAUACAAAUUUUAAUAGCUUGCAUUACAUUAAAGGUAGUUUAUUAAUCUACAGCUGUACUAGAGGAAGUUAAAAUAAUUAAAUGUUUCUCUAACUUGAGGUUACAGUGCGGGGGAAGCAAGAAGACACUGACGGAGAUAUUUAGAGAGGGUUACUUUUUUACAGCAGUGAUUGUGCUCUUCUCUCACUGUGUUAAAGAUGUUUAUCUGCCAGUGUUGUUAUCAUGUAUGCAGUGGUUGUAGAAAAGAUGUUAUGGUGCAAAACAUUUCCAGUAAAAGCUGACUUUUUCUUACCAGAGCCUGUAAAUUCAAGCCUUAACUUAGAGAUUUACACACCAGUUAGCUCAACGUCUUUCCAAAAGAAGAAGCAACAUUAAACCAUGAGGACAUUAAACUUUUAAAAUUCAUCAAAGUAGAUGAUGCAAAUGCAUGAAGACACGUUAAAGUCAUUAAGAUCCCUGACUUUGACUGAAUAUUUUUCAAGAUUGUGCUUGCUUUGAACAACUAGUUAGUAAGAUAAACCAGUUUCAGCUGAAUGCUUUAAACUUUAUCAGAGAAGCGACAACAUUUGUGUUUUGUAACCCUGACAGAGCUUCUCUAAACCCCUGAAUCACCUUUGGAAAAAGAAAACCUGAGAAAUUUUAAAACAUUUUUUUUGAAUUACAACUUCACUUUUUUUUCUAUUUUAUUAGUUGUGAAGAAUGCAAUUUUAAAACAACCAUUAAAUGUAGUUUACAGAAGUUUUACACAUGCUUUUAACUCUAGGCUUUUACAGACAGUGUUACAUGAAAUACAGAGCUUUAAACCCAGAGAAGUGCAGAUAUGGAUAAUAUUUUAACACACCCAUAAAAGACCAAACCACCUCGUCAGGAAAGUGCUUUGUCACACCUAUGGGAUUACCACUCAAGUAAAAAACUAUGAUCAUUUCAGAUUUAUGAGAGAUCCUCGAUAUUCAAAGUCUCUAUUAGCAAUUUUGAGGGGUUGUGAUUAAUAGUGAUGCCUCAAAUUAGCAGACAUGAAAAUAGAUGAAAUAGAUGACAGAUGAACACAGCAAUAUGUGAACCCAAAGCAGCAAGUGAAGUAACAACUUUCUGUUAAAUAAACGGUUGAAUAUAAACCAGACUGUAAAUAUGAUGUUCUUUUUUCCUCCAGGUGAAUCUUCCCAGGGCUGUUGUGAUAGCCAUUUCUCUGGUAACUGGCUUAUACCUGCUGGUGAAUGUGAGCUACCUGACAGUAAUGACACCUAAAGAGCUCAUGAGUUCCUCCGCUGUAGCAGUUACCUGGGGGUAAGACUGUACCUGAUGUUUACAUCACAGGUUUAGACAGACUGAUGGUUGACUCUGGAGACAGUUUGACAGACUCUCUCCUCUAAAAAUACAACCAGAGACCCAAAUCUACUAAUCCUUAUAAUUUAGUAAUCCGUGAUCCAAUAUAGCUAAUACUUGACAUCUAAAAUGGCUCUGCAGCUCUGACACAGGCAAGAAACUCUAUUGCCUCAGAAGUUCUUACAUAUCUGUAACUCAAUCAAUCUUUAUCUAUAAAGCACCAAUACACAACAAGAUAAGAUAAUUUAAAAAAAUCCUCUAUUUACAAAGACUUUAAAGAUGGGAUCAGACUGAGCCCCACCUUGUAAGAUCAGACCCACUCCUAUCCCAUCUUCAACCACGAGUGAAACACUUUACAGCAUUUAGGGAGUUACAGUGGAGAGGAAGAACUUCCUUUAACAGGCUGAAACCACAAGCAGAACCAGACCUAUGUCAUCCGUUGAGGCUAAGCUGGGUUUAGAGAGGAGAGAGGGAGAUGGGCAGAGGUGAGAAAGAUGCACAUAAUUGAAGCAACUGGAAAGCAAGCAGGUCCGUGGCACCUAAAUAUAGACUUUACAAAGCUUUAUUUUUAGCCACAAAAAAAACAUUUUGUUUUGCAAAGGACUACCAAACACCUGUUGAUGGAUAGGUAUUACGGUCUGAGAAAUUAUACCUGUCACUGAUCUGCAGCAAAAGCACAUCAAAAUAGUUUACCAUUCAACUACCAGGAGAUUAAGUUAUAAACUUGUUUUGCACAUUAGCACAGCUGUGAGACAGACAAGAAACAUAAAGUUUCUGGCAUGCUUUCUAAUAGUAAAGAAAUUUUUUGUAUUCCUGGUAGAUUGCUGGAAAAAAAGUAUUUGCAGUUUUUCUGAGAGCUUUAACUCUUCGAUUUCCACAGGAAUAAGGUGUUGGGAGAGUGGGGUUGGAUCAUGUCAUUGGCUGCAGCACUGUCUGCUUUUGGUUCACUGAAUGGAACGUUCUUCAGCGGUGGCCGGGUUUGCUUUGUUGCUGCCAGAGAAGGACAUAUGGUAAGAAUCUCUUCCCCUUAUAAUAAUACUGUUUUACCUUAAAUAAUGUAAUAUCAGAAAUAUCAGACCAGGAAUAGUUGCUGAUUUGACCAAAUAAAAGCCCAGCCUGGAAGUACAUGUUAUACAUUACUGUAGUUUUCAUGCAAUGUGCAUCCAAGCUUAAUAUUACAAUACACAAUACAGUUUUGUUAUUGGCUAAGUGUUAUUUGCAUAACUAUUUCACCUGACAGGGUUUUUCAUAUCAUGGUCCAGCAAGUGUUUGCAGAAUAAGAGCUUUGUUAAGAAAUUAAGUAAUCUUUAAACAGUAAGAGGCUUUGAAUUUGAAACAGGAAAGUUCUGUUUUAACUUCAACAAGAUCUUAAAUCCUCAGAUCUUAGACAUAAAGAUUAACUCACACUUAUUCAACAGAAGAAAUUGAAAAUAAAGGUGCAGAUAUGACGCUGAAGUGGAAAUCCCUGCAUAGGCUCAAAACCACAUCAAAAGGUUUUGUACAUGAACAGUUUGUCCCUGUAUCCACAAACCAGGUUUAAACUGUACCACGCAGAGAGGAAACCACAGCUGAAAAGCUUGUAAUUCUCUAGGCCCAAGCUUAUUUAAGACUGAGUCACUAUAAUAUCUGACUCUGGCUGGAGACCAACACCAGAUGAAUGUGAUCUUUGGCUCAAAAUCUCUUCCAAGAACCCUUGUCUGUGAGCUCAGUUCAUUGUUUCAUCCAAAGAUGCAGGUGAAAGCUGUACCAUGAGAAAAUUACACCAUUUGUAAAGAUGAUCUAGUGAUAAGUAGUUUUCUCUGAGUCUAAGACCAUUUAAGACAAACUUAGGUAUAUUGCUGCAUCAAAUUUCAGAUAAGUGAAAAUUUUAAUCAAAUAUGUUUUAGUUUCAUCAUUAGAUGUGUUGCCUUUGCACAAUUUUCAAAUCAAAUGUAGGGGUUAAAUGAUUUAAGAACCAUCAAAUUCUGUUUGUAUUAACACUUAUGCCCCAACUUCUGUGGUAAUAGGGAUGUCCCUGAGACUUGUGUUUGUUUUGUAGCCAGACAUCUUAGCCAUGGCUCAUGUUCGCAGACUGACGCCAUCUCCAGCCCUGAUCUUCACCACUAUUGUCUCUCUCAUCGUGUUGAUCCCGGGGGACUUCCAAAGCAUCGUCAACUUCUUUAGGUGAAAAAUGAGUCUGUUUGCAUGAAUUUCUCCCCAACCUCACAGUUCAGUGUACAGGCUGUAAAUACUUGUCUGACAUUUUUCCUCCCUGCUGUCAUCAGCUUCACUGCCUGGUUUUUCUACGCCAUCACCUUGUCUGGACUCAUUUAUCUCAAGAUCAAGAAGCCAGACCUCCCAAGGCCCUACAAGGUCUGUGACACACACAUGAACUCUCAAAACACCAUAGACAAUCAUUCUAUGAUUGUCCUACUCAACGAGGGAUGAGAUUAAGUUUGUUCCUGUCUUCCUCUCUCCUCAGGUCCCACUUAUACUCCCCAUACUGGUCCUUCUUGCAGCAAUAUUCCUUGUGCUGGCCCCCAUCAUAGAUGAUCCUCAGAUUGAAUACCUUUAUGUGUCUUUGUUCAUCUUAAGUGGAGCUAUCGUCUAUGUACCCUUCAUCCAUUACAAGCUCUGCCCAGGACUGCUGACCAAGUUAACAGUGUUCCUGCAGCUGUUUUUAGAGGUCGCCCCAGCAGAGAAAAACCUCUGA